AUGGAGACCUUUGACAAAGAAGGGGGUCCGGCGAGAGACGAGGACAGAGAGAAAGGGAAGCUAAAUGGUGAGGAGAAGGGCGAGAAAGAGAUCCAGGUAAAUGAGAAGGAGAUGAAGAAGGAGAGCCGGCGCUCUGGGUCAUUGUGGAGAAGUGGAUGGGCGCUUAGUGAAAGGCUGGCCAUCAAUGUCUCUGGUAUGCGCUAUGAGACCCAGCUUCGCACUUUGGCCCAGUUUCCUGACUCCAUGCUGGGGGACCCCAGGCGCCGGCUGCGUUAUUUCGACCCGCUACGUAAUGAACUCUUCUUGGACCGCAACAGGGCGUGCUUCGACGCCAUUCUGUACUUCUACCAAUCAGGCGGGAGGCUUCGCAGGCCCGCCAAUGUUCCUCUGGACAUUUUUAUGGAUGAGCUAAUGUUCUACGAGCUGGGGGAGGACAUCAUGAACCGCUUCAAGGAGGACGAAGGGUUCCCUAAAGAAGAGGAGAGGCCGCUGCCCAACAACGAAAUCCAGAGGAGGCUGUGGAUGCUGUUUGAGCACCCGGAGUCAUCGUCGGGAGCACGGAUCAUCGCCAUCAUCAGCGUGAUGGUCAUUGUGGUGUCCAUCCUCAUCUUCUGCCUGGAGACGCUGCCCGACUUCAGGACUGAGAAGGAGAUGCGAGAGGACUAUGUCUACAAGUACCACUUGCACAUAAAGAAUGGCUCUGUGAACAUGCCUCCUCCGCCCAGCGUUUUCCAAGACCCAUUCUUCAUGGUGGAGACCAUGUGCAUCUGCUGGUUCUCCUUCGAGCUCCUAAUGCGCUUCGCUUGCUCGCCUAGCAAGAUGCACUUCUUCAAGGAUGUCAUGAACAUCAUCGACUUCUUCGCCAUCUUGCCCUACUUUGUCACACUGGGAACAGAGCUGGCCAAGGACAACGACGCCUCUCCGGCUACAUCCCUGGCCAUCAUCCGGGUCAUCAGGCUGGUAAGGGUUUUCCGAAUCUUCAAGCUGUCACGCCACUCCAAGGGUCUUCAAAUCCUGGGCCAGACACUGAAGGCCAGUAUGCGUGAGCUGGGCCUUCUCAUCUUCUUCCUCUUCAUUGGCGUUAUCCUCUUCUCUAGUGCCAUCUACUUCGCGGAGGCGGACCACACAGACACAUCCUUUGUCAGCAUCCCACAUGCCUUCUGGUGGGCGGUGGUCACCAUGACCACCGUAGGCUAUGGGGACAUGUACCCUGAAACAGUCUGGGGGAAGAUGGUGGGAUCCAUGUGUGCCAUCGCCGGCGUGCUGACCAUCUCGCUGCCCGUGCCCGUCAUCGUAUCUAACUUUAGCUACUUCUACCAUCGUGAGACGGAAUGCGAGGACCAAACUGAGUAUACCCAUGUCAAGACCUCGCUUUGGGAGGACGAGGAGCCAGAGAGAGAGGAUACUGAGGAGGGGGAAGGAGAGCCGGAGGGAGAUUACUAUGCCAUUGAGGGCAUAUGCAACCCUCUGAAUGGAACUCUGUUGGGUGGACUGUGUGCUGGGCAGAGCAAGGAGUCAAGAGGGGGAAAUAUGUACCUGAGGGAACCUUUAGUGACUCAAGUGUAAAGGCAGGGGGAGACCGCAUCCUCUGCCCCUUGUCAGAGAGACACUGGGGGAAGACUGUAACCAUGUUUCGUAAUUCUAAGAUAACUUUUGAAAGGCAAAAUGUUAAAACCUUGAAUUAGCUGGUUUUGAGAGAUUAAUAUCUUCACAGGACUAUUUUAUUAAA